AUGACCUCCACCGUGACGCCGCUGGUCUUUCACGGCCCCAUCAUACACUCUCGUAGCCUCGAAGAGCUGGAGAUACUCGAGAAUGCAACCCUCGUCAUUGAUGCCAGCGGCACCAUCACGGCCUUCAAGAAGAGCGAGGACGAUGACACGCCGAUACCUGCCGUGCCCGAGGGCGCCCGAGUCCACCACCUGGGCCCUGGUGAGUUCCUGAUCCCCGGCUUCAUCGACACGCACAACCACGCACCGCAGUGGCCCAUGCGCGGCAUCGGCCAAGGGCUGCACAUCCUCGACUGGCUCGACCAGGUGACGUUUCCCUUCGAGGCGCGGUUCGCCGAUGCCGCCUACGCGCGCGCCACCUACGAGGAUACCGUCGCCGACUUUCUGCGCCAGGGCAUCACGACGGCCGCCUACUACAGCUCGCGCCACGCCGAAGCGACGCGCAUCCUCGCCGACAUGUGCGCCGAAAAGGGUCAGCGCGCCCUCGUCGGCAAGUGCAACAUGGACCGCAACGCCCCGGACUACCUCGCCGAGCCGAGCGCCGCCGUAUCGCUGCAGGAGACGCGCGACUGCAUCGCCCACAUCCGCGCCCUGCCCGGCUGCGGCGACCCCGAGCACGCCCUCGUCAAGCCCGUGCUGACGCCGCGCUUCGCCAUCUGCUGCACGGCCGAGCUGCUCACGGGCCUCGGCGACAUGAUGCGCGCCGACGCGUCGCUCGCCAUGCAGACGCACUUUAACGAGGCGCAACAGGAGGUCGAUGCCACGCGCGCCCUGUUUCCGGACCUCGCGGCACGCAGCGAGGCGGACCUCUACGAGCACUUCGGGCUGCUGGGCCCGCGCUCGAUCCUCGCGCACUGCACCGUCAUGACCGACUACGACAAGGAGAGGCUGCUGGCGCUCGGGUGCGGCGUCGCCCACUGCCCGAUCGCCAACAUGACGGUCGGCGGCGGGUUCAUGGUGGCGCCCGUGCGGGACCUGCUGCGGCGCGGCGUCAAGGUCGGCCUCGGCACCGACAGCGGCGGCGGCUGGGCGUGGCAGAUGCUCGCCGUCAUGCGCCAGGCCGUCAUUGCGUCCAACGCGCGCGAGGUCACGGACGCCGCCGACGAGGCGCUCACGCUCGACGAGGUCUUCUACCUGGCGACGCUCGGCGGCGCGCGCGUGCUCUGCCUCGAGCACCACGUCGGCAGCUUCGCCGUGGGCAAGCAGUUUGACGCGUCGUGGGUGGCGACGACGAGCGGGCUGCGGUCGGCCAUGACGCCGCGCGAGGACGACGACGGGCUCCGGAGGCUCUUUGAAAAGUUUGUCAUGACGGGCGACGAUCGGAACAUGGCGCACGUCUAUGUCCGAGGACGGAGGGUCGCGGGCGCGCGGCAUGGAGAGGCCUCAUGA